AUGGGGAACGUCAUUGGUAUGGGCGGCGUUGCAUCGGCCGACAUCAGCGCCGUGGACGCCUAUGUAUCCCGCCUAUCAGAUGCCGAGAUCAAGCGCUACACUGACGGAUAUCGGCGUAUCAGUCGCGUGGAAGGCAGUGCGUCCGCCUCGACCUCCAAUUCUGCAUCCUCCCUGCAACGUGCGAGCUCCUCGGCUUCUAACGGGAGCAGCAGCAACUUAACGGGAGUGACAAUCGCAACCACAACAGAAACAACGAAUGGGCCUUUAUUAGGCAAGAAACUGUUCCGCAACAAGGUCCUUGGAGCCUUCACUAUGAUCCCGCACUCACUAGCCGACCGCUUGUUCGAAGUGCUGGACACGGAGCACUCAGGCGAGCUGAGUCUCGUGAACGUACUUAGCGGGUUAGCUUGGCUUAAGCAUGGCACAUACGAAGAGCAAGUACAGUUGUUAUUCAUCGUCUACGACCUAGAUGCAGCUGGAGAAGUCCCCCGGGAGGUUCUGGACAGGUUCAUGGACGUCAUUUACGGCCGCCGAAGAGCCCGACACGCCACCACAGUGCAGUUCUUCGAUAAAGUCUUCGACGGCCGUGCCGUAUUGAACUUGCACGAGUUCAGACACGUCGUACAGCAGAAAGAUGCGCGUGGAGACGCGUUACUAGUCAAAUGGCUGGCUGUAUUGGCCUCUAAGAUCGGCUUAGAGGAUGAUCCGCAGAUUUUAGCGCUAGAGAAGACAUACAACCCAGUGGCUAUCCGUCGACGCAUUGCACAGGCCACACUGUUCUCGUUAACGGAAGUUACAGCACUGGAGAGGCAGUUCCAGAAAAUGUUCGACCCCAAAGGAGGGGCCAGCACCAGGAUACCGAGCGCACAGUUCAUUGAGGUGUUGAGUGCUAGAGGAUUGUUCCCACAGAUGCUGCUGGACAGGUUUUCUAUGAAGGAAUUGAUCCGUGUUGGAGUGCAUUGCGAUACGAAUGCGAGCGAAGAUGCUGUGCAAGAGGAAGAACGACACGUUGAGGAGAUUUCGGCUACACAGACUGCGGAGACGGGGUGGGACGAAGAAGCUUUUGCCAAAUGGGCAGCUGGUGCGCCGGCUGUGCAGCGGCUGCAUCAUCAAUUGGCGUUUGCAGCGUGUAUCUUGUUUGGACUGAAGCCUGAGUCGGCGUACCUUGAGAAGAGGAUUGUGGAGUGGCACUGGCGCGAAGCGACUCGUGUCAUUGGUAUCGGACACACGUGGAACUUGGUGGGAGCUGACUGGUGGCGUAAAUGGUGCGACUAUGUGAGUAUGGACCCGAAGAACGGCAGUCCGUACGGAUCGCUGCCUGUGCCUCUGAUUCCCCCUACUACGGUCGUGGAAGUGGCGAGAAAUAUUCGUGGUAAUAUUGCCUUACGCUCUGCUAGCUAUAGUGGCGAUGGAAGCAGCAACAGACCGCCUCGACCCGGACCGAUUGCCAACUGGAGUUUGCUCAUGCAAAGCGGCUCCAGGAGGCUAAAGCAGAAGCUCGUACUGGCCCGAGAUUACUACACGAUUCCGUCUCAAGUCAAUACCGUUUUGUUCUCCUGGUACAGCGGAGGACCCGACUUGGUGCGAUCCAUCGUCGAGGUCCCCACGCAAACUGAACCUGAGCUUCAAAUCGAGCUGUUCCCGCUAGUAUUACGCGUUGCGCGUGUGGAUCCUUCGAAUGGCAGCGUCAUUCGGUCUGGCGAAGAGAUUUUGCUGAGUGAACUAAGCACUCCAGCUAGUCUUUUAGAAGCCACUUGCCGUGCUCUGCUACUGCUGAAGUUGAUGGAUAAGGCGAGGUUGUGGUACUUUAAUGACAAAGCCCCGGAUUACAAGAUACGCCUGCGCGACGAAUACCCGGACGAAUUGAAGAAAUUGACACAAGACACGGCGCUCGCCAACCGACACAAGGAAAUGGCCGAGUGGCUGAAAGCGAGACCCGGCGCUGCAUCAAGGAAACGACAGCGCGAACAUCGUCCUUCGAUGCGCACGUCUGAUAUCUGCUCCCGAGGCAACCUCGGGGAGGCAUUGGGGCAGCGGGGGCCUGGGAGUGAGGCUGGAUCCCCGACGAUAGAAGUGGAUCCCGUGUUAGCGUCGCCUGUAGUAAGAAAGCGCUUUUCUAAGGGCGCUUUUAAAGGCCCAGGCCUAGUGGGACUGGACAAUCUGGGCAACACGUGCUACAUGAGCAGUGCGUUGCAGUGUUUGAGCCACACACGGUUACUGGUCGAGUACUUUAAGAACGAGGCAUAUCUAAAAGAUAUUAAUCUGCGGAAUCGUGACGGAACCAACGGGAAACUGACUGCGGCAUUUGGCGAGUUGUUGCGGAUCCUCUGGACUUCUGAUCGUAAACGCCUCGCUCCGAAUGAGUUCAAGAAGGUUUUGGCAAAGUGCAACCCUCAGUUUGCUGGAUCGGACCAGCACGACGCACAGGAAUUACUGGCGUGUCUGCUAAGUAGUUUGAGUGAGGAUCUGAACCGUGUUGUGAAGAAGCCUUACACGGAGCAACCCGAUAGCGACGGACGGCCUGACGCUCUGGUAGCGGAGGAGUGGUGGCAGAAUCAUCAGAAACGAGAGUUCUCGGUCAUUGUGGCGCUUUUUACUGGCCAGUACAAGAGCUUGUUGGAGUGCUCAGUAUGUCGGUAUGAGUCAGCGCGAUUCGAGCCGUUCACCUUCUUACAGUUGUCGCUGCCCGAGAGUAACUCGCGGUCUAUCGUGCUGACGAUCAUCUUUUGCACUGAUCGCGUACCGUUGCGCUUUUCCGUGCGAGUGAAGAAUGGCGAUACGGUUAAGAAGAUAAAGGACGAGGUGGCGGCGUUCUUGGAUAAUAUGGAGAAAGCAAGGUCGAGUUUACCCGAGAUGGAGGAGAAAGUCGAGAACAAAGAGUUGUCAAGAGAAGGGGAUUGGACAAAAGUGGUGAUCGCGAGGACCUCGGAUCAGCACACGGUGGAGACGCUGUUGGACGACAAUUUACCGUUGACCCAGAUUCACGAGAAGGACCAACUGACAGCAUUUCAACUUGACCGUGACGAUGACUCACUUCCUCCUCAGCAAGUGUCACCGAAGCCAGCAGAACUUCAAGAUGAUGCGACAUCCUUGGAUACUGCCGAUCAGGCAAGCGCUAGUGUGAGGGCAAGUGUAUACCCGAAGAAGGUAACUAGAAACGGGAGUGCGGAGCCGGUCAACGGGAAGCCCGUGAAUGGCAAGGCUUCUCUAAAUGGGAACGGAAAUGUAAAGAAGACACAUGGCUGUGAACCCCCGACUCCGACUGAUAGUGUGGAUGCAUACGAUGAAAGUGACCCGGAUGAUGACGAAUUGCUGCCGAUCGGGACGUCAGUCUACAUUCGUAUCGACAAGACGAAGGAUACGGCCGCUGCUCGUGUGAUUGGGAGUAGCGCCAACUCGGGGGUAGUUAAUGUAUCGUACUCUACGGGCGUCCGACGGUAUCAUAUCCCGUUGUCGAAAGUGAUUGAGCGUCACCAAAACGACGCAUUCAUCUUCUUGGUGCACCGUCGAGUGGAGCGAUCAACGGACAGCUUCACGAACGCACACAUCACGCGGUUAUUUGCGGAGGAAACGGUAGCCAUUGACUGGGAUAUUCGUACCCUGAAAGAGGAGUACGACCCGAUUCAAGCGAGCAAGAUGGACUUUGACGCGUCCGUGCAGCAGCAUCAGCGACAAGAUAAUCAGCCGCUGAACUUGGCGCAUUGCAUGGAGAUUUUUACGGCCAAGGAAACGAUUCCAGAAGCCUAUUGUGGACACUGCAAGACGUUGCGCCCCGCCACCAAGAAGAUGGAUCUGUGGCGGUUACCUCCGUUGCUGGUGAUCCACCUGAAGCGCUUCUGCUUUACCCAAGUAUCACGACGCAAACUGCAUCAUCUUGUCGAUUUCCCCCUAAGAGGAUUGCAGUUUGGUGACUUUGUCGCUCGGAAGCGCGAACCUCGUGGUCGACUGUCUGGUCUGGAGUAUUGGCUGUUCCUGGGAGGGAAGCUAAAGGCAGAUGGGAAAGCAGAGCCGUCGCCUACUGGCAGCUCCAAGCUGGCAAGACCAGGAUCUCCUCGACGAGUGUCGUCAUCAGCGUUGGAUGCUCCAGCGGCAGCCACUGCUGCAGUGCGUGGCGACGACGGCUUCCUAUACGAUCUGUAUGCGGUCGUGAACCACGUAGGUGCGUUGGGGGGAGGACACUACUUUGCGUACGUGCUGAGUGAUCAUGAUGGCAAGUGGAAAUGCUUCAACGACCAUCAAUGCAAAGAUAUCGACGAGAAGGAGGUGGUGUCGUCGAUGGCGUAUAUUUUGUUUUAUCGCCGACGCGACACCGCCAAUGUAUCGAUUGAGCAGCUCUUCCCACCUUUACCCGUGGAUGCUACUGGCAAUGGAGCUACUACUGAAGAGGAAGCUGCCAGUGAUAAAGCGCAAGUGGAGGAAUUGCUGCAACAGUCCAAGUUGGCUGCUUCGGGAAACGCAAGCAGCUGCAUUGUUAGCUAA